UGAAUUUACUUACUGACCGGACUCUACGCCUGAGGAAAAGUAGUCGGGCUGAUGUUUUUGUUGCCCCACAAGAGGUAGUAAACAUAUUAAAAAGACAUGUAAUUUUUUAUUAGCUUAUUUAUUAUACUUUGUGUUUUAAUUGUAUUUAUUUUCUUAUUAGUAAAACAUUUGUCGAAUCACUGCGGAUUCAUUGUUCAGUCCUUCGUUGAGCUAACUGAGAUUAGCUGGUUAGCAGGCAUGCAAGCAAGCUUCCUUUUUAAGAUGUAAUUUUGCGUAAAAUAUGUCUGGACAAGCCUAUUAUUAAAAAAGACGUACUUUUAACAAGGGUGGUGAAGGAACGUGAAAAACCCGGACUGCAAGAUCACCAUGGAAAUUCGUAGCUAAUAUAUAUGUAUAGCCACACAGAUCAGUAAUAUGGUGAAUAAAAUGAGUUUAUUUAAAAACUUUGAAAAUUGUGGGAUGAACUAGCAGACAGAACAAUAAUUAACUAGCAGAUGGCGAUGCAUAUGGCAGCGGUUUCAUCUGAAUUACAAGGUCGCGGUCAGGACGCUGCUGCAGUGGAGGUCGCCCAGGAUGUGAUGGGGAAAACGGCACAUGCCGCAAAUCUCCCGAGGAUGGAUGAGCCGGGUCCAGGGCCCCCCACAUUCAGGGUGCAGUUGGAUGAGAGACCCCUGUUCCACAACAGCCGGAGACCACCCGGCGCUUCAGUUCCGUACGUGCUGUCCAAAAAUGGAGAAAGCGUGCCAUACACCAUCAACCGGUAUCUACGGGACUAUCAGCGCGAGGGUGUCCGGUUCAUUUACAACAGCUAUGCCCGAUCCCGGGGAUGCAUUCUGGGAGAUGACAUGGGCCUUGGGAAAACCAUACAGAUUAUAGCAUUCUUGGCUGCAGUUCUGCGCAAGACAGGAACAUGGGAGGAUGCUGAAAACAAUGUUCCACAUUUUUUACUAUCUCAACGAUCAGCCAAACAAUCUAAAACUACUAAGGUCUUCCUCAUUGUGGCUCCGCUAUCUUUACUGUACAACUGGAAGGAUGAACUGGACACUUGGGGAUACUUCCGAAGCAUCGUCGUGCAUGGAACCAGGAAGGAUGAGGAGUUUGCCCGUGUUCAGAGGGGGAGGUGUGAAAUCGCCCUAACCACCUAUGAGACACUGCGCCUCUGCGUGGACCAGUUCAACAGCAUCAAUUGGUCGGCCAUCAUUGUAGACGAAGCCCACAAGAUAAAAAACCCCAGCUCUCAGGUAACCCAGGCCCUGAAGCGGAUGAAAUGCAGGGUGCGAGUGGGGCUGACGGGCACCGUGCUCCAGAAUAACCUGGAAGAGCUGUGGUGUGUCAUGGAUUGGGCCAACCCCAGUUGUCUAGGUACCCUGGAGAGUUUCAGAAGCCAGUUUACUGAACCCAUCGAGCAGGGUCAGAGGCACAGUGCGACCAAGCGGGCCCUGGCCACGGGUAGGGAGGCGGUGCAGGCUCUGGCCAGGAGACUCUCUCGCUGGUUUCUGAGGAGGACCAAGGCUCUCAUCAGCGGCCAGCUGCCCAGGAAAGAUGAUAGGGUCGUGUUCUGCUCAUUGACGGACUUCCAGCAGAUGGUGUAUCGCACGGUCCUCGAUUGUGAGGACGUCGUCCUACUCCUGCGCAGUGGCGAGAAAUGCUGCAGCAGUGGGCGGCCCAGAAGCAAGUGCUGCUUCAAGAACAACUCGAAAGGUGUGGCGGUGAAGGACCUGUACUUCAGCUACCUGGCCAUCCUGAGGAAGGUGGCGAACCAUGUAGCCUUGCUGCAGCCUAGUGAAGGCACAAGUAAAACACAGGAGCAAUACGUGAAUGAGAUCUGUGAAAAAGUUUUCCAGAAAUUUCCAGACUUUGUCCAGAGGUGCAAGCAAGCUGCCUUUGAGGCGAUGUCUGACCCAAUGUACAGUGGAAAGAUGAAGGUUCUGCAGAGCCUGCUGAAUCACUACACACAGAAGAAGGAUAAAGUGCUGCUCUUCUCCCUAUCCACCAAGCUCCUGGAUGUCCUGGAGAACUACUGCAUGGCAGCUGGGCUGGAGUACCGAAGGCUGGAUGGGGCCACCAGGUGUAAGGACCGAGUGAAGAUUGUCAAGGAGUUCAACAGUUCGCUGGAUAUCAACAUCUGCCUGGUGUCCACCAUGGCUGGUGGACUAGGGUUGAAUUUUGUGGGUGCCAAUGUCGUGGUGCUGUUUGACCCAACAUGGAAUCCUGCCAGCGACCUUCAGGCUAUUGACAGAGUUUACCGCAUCGGUCAGUACCGAGAUGUCACCGUACUCAGACUGAUUUCUCUAGGCACCAUUGAAGAAGUGAUUUACCUGAGGCAGGUUUACAAGCAGCAACUGGAGUCGGCCGUGGUGGAGAACGAGCACGCCAGGAGGUACUUCGAGGCUGUGCAAGGGGUGGAUGGUCACACGGGGGAGCUCUUCGGGAUCCAAAACCUCUUCCGGCUGCAGACCCAGGGCGCCUGCCUCACCAGGCUGAUCCUCGAGAGAGAAGGACGCUUGGAGGCAGGCAUGCUAACAGCAGAGACUGCAGCCAUGGAGGGAGCCGCGCGGAGCGCACCUGAAGGGCAGCCUGGGAAAGGCCCCAUGAACGGCGACAGCAGAAACAGAGUCGUUAAGGGGGUCGCUGGUGUUCUAGACUUCAGCAGCGCCAGCGAGGACGAGGACGGACGUGGCGUCUGUAGGAACCCCCUAUCCUCCCGCAGAGAUGAGGAGCUACACCCUGGGACCUCCACGGACCAUCUGAGCCUUUUCCACCAUGGGCUAUCCAGUCUGCUUCAAGGGACCAGGGUGAGCAGCGGUGGUGAGAGUGAGGAGAGUAUGACAGAUGAGGACGCCACGUCUCCCCGUUUGGGAAGACCGCCCACCCACAAGACAGACCACAACUGGACUGUUUCAAGUGACUCUGAAGGGGAGGCAGUGGGACGGGAGAAGAAGGAAGUUGGCGUGACAGCCCAGUCAUCAAGUCCGCACAGGAAGUCGAGAAGCAAGCGAAGGAGAGCAGGCCAAACUGUGAACUCCGAGGAUUCCCUCGGGUCCGAGUCCUCAGACAGCCCUAGACAUGCCAAACACACGGUUCGGCACCAGAGCCGCAGCUCACCGGUUCCUGAUAGUGACACGGACGAGUCGGAUGACGUAGAGGUCUCGAAAGGCUCUGAUCGUUACGACGCCACGACCCGCUUCGGGGAUUCCAGGGAUGAAAAUCGGAGCUGGAGUCGGAACAGUGACGCAGGUCCAGGCGGAUACACGAAAGUGAAAGAGAGAGGGGCCAUGUGGCAGCGGGGGCAACCAAGCAAGGAGCCCAGCGUGGGGGCCAUCGAUAAAUUGUUAGGGGGAGUGCAGGGGGUAAUUUACACACACUCCAAUCAGCGCGUUGUGGGCUCCAGCAGGACCGAGGCCCGCAUGAGCCGCGCUGCCGUGCGGGACGUCUUCCAAUACGGGAGGAAUACGCAGGCCCCAGCCAACCUGCUCCUGGACAGCCUCGAGUCGCUGUCGGCAGAUGCACUGCCGUCGCCCCCCAGUCACGCCACGGAGAGAGAGGCACAGCAGGCAGCGACGGAACAUCCCAAGCCCUCGGUGAAACACCCGGUCUCUCAGACCUUCCAGACUGUUCUACGGGGCCGCAGUGCUACCUUCAUCUUUGGUCAGACGCCCAGCACCCUCCGCAGGAAGCAGCUGGCAGAUAUGGCCGCAUAUUUCCAGGCCUCCUCGGUGAGGGCCUUUGCAGAGGAAGUGCUGAGCAGCACCUCCAUGCGGCGGCAGGCCAUGCUUCAGGACUUCUACAGCUCCCGGGACCCCCAUCUCAGGCCCCUCCUCUCCAAGGUCUUUCAGGACCCGGUACCACGGCAACCCAAGCCACCCAUGUCAGUUACGCCAGAACCGGCCUCAUCUUCCUCCCGGACGAGUUCCAGGCCGGCGUCCAAAUCCAAUUCCCAGGUUAACUUCCAGACAUCAAGUUCGGCACAGCAGAAACUCCCAGAGGGAAUGAAAGAAAAUAAGAGGGUUAUGAACCCGUCCUGUGUCAGGGCCCCCAAAGACCCCAGUGUGAACAUGAACAGCUCCACCCCCGCUGAGGGUGACUCCACAGGCGAGCCUUCAGAGAAAUUAUAUGCAGAUGAAACCAAAGCCGCCCCAGCCUCCAAUCUCCAAGGCCGGAGUCCUGUGCUGGAUCAGCAUGUGUCCAUGCCUGGUGGGGCAGUACCACCAAGGAAUGGAAAGGCACCAGUGACCUCCUCCUCCUCCGGCCUCGAACCCAGUGCCCACGUACCCCUCCUGUCAGAUUUGAUAGGAGACACCUCCAUCCUGGAUGACCUCUUCAAAAGAAAGACCAGGGUCAACCAAUCCACAGGCCUCUCCCCGUCACAUGCUUCAGGUCUCGGCGAGAGGGCAAAGGUCCGCCGCAAAGACUUCUGGGAUAUCCUCAGCGAAGGAAAUGAGGAGUGCAUCAACAAACUGACGGAUCUGUCUGAGGUAGAAAAGAUAUGUGACAAUACUAAUGUAGCUGCCAGAGCUAAGAAGGACAAACAAGCUGAUGGCUCCCAACUCUGGAGGAAGAAUGAAAAGUUCCUGUGGAAGAAGUAGGAGUUCUUUUGGUAUUUUAAUAAUUAUAUAGUGAUGUGUAAUAAUGUGCUGCUGGACAGGUUAGAGACAUUGCAGUUAUUGGAAAUGAUCAGCGAGUGCCAUUGUUCACAUAACAUGCCAAUGCAUGUUAGCUUUUAAAGGACUUUUUAGGUUUUACAGAGUUUUAUAUAUGAUGAUGGAGAGGGAAAUACUGUGACUUUCUGAAACUUGAAUGUGUUGCUCUCGGUAGGUGUUAUUUACCGGACUUUUACAUGUGAAGUAAUUUUAAGACAGAUUACAUUUUGAAAUAUGUAACUCAUCCUGUUUUUGUUGGAGUUUGUGGCUCCAAAACAAUAAAGGACAGAAAUGGG